AGGUAAUUAAUCUCUAUGCUUCUCUAUUUGCAAUUACUCCUUGAGAGCCUCUCUCUCUAUAAUAUCGAGUAUUGCUGACUUGAGCGUCGGAGUGUUUUCCCCGAGGAACAACCUCGGGAUUUACAGGAGGUCGCCCCCCAAGAAAUGAAAUGGACGAACAGGAGGACGCCUAAGUUUUUGAGCCCGCCUUGAAUGACUUUAGGCCAAUGCCAAGAAACCUUUUCAUCGGGGGAGCAGAACAGGAUCACCUAAGUGAAACGGAUGAUGAAAGAACGCCAACUGGGUAUGCAACCCAUCCUGAACAGUUCCAAGUUCCAACAGGAACAAGACAAAGACAUUCUAGACCAUACAAUUCACAGCAUGAACAACCUGAAAGGUCAACAGAGCCUGCUCGAACGACCGAGCUCGAAGAAAGAACCAGAGUUCUCGAAAUGGCAAUGGGUAAAAUCCUUGCCCGUCUGAUUCCUGAUGACCCCCUGAUUCCUUUGUUGAACAGGGAUGCACAACCAGCUGCGGUUGUUGCAACUCGAAACUCCCCCGCUCUAAGCAACAUAGUAGUGCCGACCAGGCCAAGAGGAAGUGGGAAGCUAAAUAAUGAGCCCAGCUCGUCCAAGCAUAGUGAAGAACUGUUGAGGAAGAACGCAGACCUUGAAAGGCAGCUACGGGACGUACAAAAGUCUAUAGACGAGCUGAAAAGUCCCAGGUCGCAUCAGCAAACUCUUGAUUUGGAUAGCGCCCCAUUGAACCUAUCCAUCACAGUAGAACCGUAUCAAGAGGGGUUCAAAAUUCCCCAUCUAGAGACGUAUGAUGGCUCGGGUGACCCAGACGAGCACCUGCAUACCUAUCAGGCCAUCAUGAGGAUCCAAAAUGCUAAUGAUGCCAUGAUGUGCAAGGUUCAUCAGAAAGAGGGAGAAUCUUUGAGGGACUACAUGCAACAAUUCAACAAAGCUACUUUGGACAUUGAUAACGUCCCCGAUACCAUUUGCUUAUCUGCCUUGUUGCAUGGUUUGAAGCCUGGUCGGUUUCUGGACAACCUGCUGGAGAAUCCACCCAAGUCGUGGAAUGAAGUAAAUGACAGGUCGGCAAGCUUCAUAUUAUUCGAAGAUUUUCAAUCUUCUAAGAGACGAGCUGAUGAUAGGCAAGGAAAAGAGCCCAAGCAGCCUGAAAACAGAGAUGACAAGAAGAAACAGAAGAUACAGCAUUGGGUCAAGAGACCCCCUCCGCAAACACAUGAUUCUUCACGAGCUGACAGAAGCAAAUACUACGACUAUCACCGUGUCUACGGCCAUAACACAGAAGGCUGUCAGAGUCUGAAGGACGAGCUCAAAUUCUUGGCUCGCAAUGGAAAAUUGGAGGGGUAUGUGCAGAAGCCUUUUGUUCGGCAACCCACCCAGACCCACUUUGUACAAGAGUAUGGCCGAUCUCAAGCACCUGGAUAUCAGCUCGGUAGUAAUCCAAAUUAUUACCAGGCAGGGGGCCAGAGUGCCCGGGCCCGCAAGGCAUAUGCCCGCCAGGUGAUGACAGUCAACAAAAACAGGCCCUUGAAGCGGCCGUUCGAGGAGGCAGAGUGGGAGAAUGCAGCUAUCACAUUCAGCCCGGCAGAUUAUAAGCGAGCAGACGGAGAACCCGACGUUAUGAUGCCUCACGCAGAUCCAUUUGUGGCAACGGUCCAUAUAGGUAAUCAUAACAUCAACAAGGUCUUUAUUGAUACGGGUAGCUCGCUAGAUAUCCUUUAUUGGAGUUGCUUCCAGAAGAUGCAGUUGAACCUGAGCUCGCUGCAAAAAUAUGAAGGACCCAUCUACGGGUUCGAUAAUCAGCCCAUCCUGGUGGAAGGGGUCAUAACUCUACCCAUCUAUGUGGGCUCAGAACCACGCUUCAGGAUGGCUUCAGUCAGCUUCCUAGUCGUCAAAAUGGAGUCAGCCUUCAACGCCAUAUUAGGAAGGGCUACUUUGGCAUGUUAUCAGGAUACGUUUAAGAAGGUUGAGCUCGCUGUAGCCCCUAGAGGCUUUAAAAGUAGUAGGCCGACUCAGCACGGCCAGCAGACAAUGAGCAUAUCGGACAUUGAGCAUAAACCUGAGGGUGUCGAGCAGAAAGCAGAGCCGGUAGAACCAGUAGAAACUGUUCCUUUAAACCCUGAUGUGCCGGAAAGAACAGUCAAGAUCGGCACCAAGCUCACAGAAGAAGAACGAGCAGAGCUUCUGGAGUUUUUGAGGGUCAAUCAAGAUGUGUUUGCGUGGACUACUAAUGAAAUGCCUGGCAUCCCAGCGGAGUUGACAGUCCACAAACUCAGCACGGACCCCACCAGAAGGCCGGUGGUGCAGAAACGUCGCCUUUUUGGCCCAGAGAAACAAGUUGCCAUAGACGAAGAGAUACAAAAGCUGCUACAGGCAGGCUUCAUCAACCCCGUUCUCGUCAAAAAGCCAAAUGGCAAGUGGAGGAUGUGUAUUGAUUUCACCAACCUCAAUGAGGCGUGUCCAAAAGACCCUCAUCCCUUGCCAAAUGUUGAGAAGUUAGUAGAGCGGGCAGCCGAACACGAACGGAUGAGCUUUCUUGAUGCCAGCUCAGGUUAUCACCAGGUCCAACUGUUGUUAGACGACCAGGAGAAAACAGCUUUUUACGUUAGUGAUGCAAUCUACUGCUAUGUGAUGAUGCCGUUUGGCUUGAAGAACGCUGGCGCUACAUAUCAAAAACUGGUGCAAAUCAUCUUUAAGCUCCAGAUUGGCAGAAACAUAGAGAUGAAGCUAAAUCCCUUGAAAUGCACAUUCGCUGUAGAAUCAGGAAAAUUCCUAGGGUACGUUGUAUCCAAGAAAGGAAUUGAAGUGAAUCCAGAGAAGGUUCUGGCCGUUCAGCAGAUGGAGCCUCCCAAGACUGUAAAGGACGCGCAGCGCCUGACAGGUUGUGUAGCCGUGUUGCAUAGAUUCAUAGCCAGGUCGACGGAAAGGUGCCUACCGUUUUUCAAAGCCUUGCGAGAGCCCAAGCACUUUCAAUGGACCGACAAGUGUCAGCGGGCAUUUGACAAACUCAAGCAGUAUCUGGCAUCUGCACCCCUGCUGGAAGAGAAUAAGAAUCAGAAGCCUAUCUGCUACGUGAGCAAGGUUUUACAAGGUGCAGAGCAGAACUACCCAUUAGCAGAAAAGGCUGCCUUUGCCCUGGUUUACACAGCUCGUAAGUUGAGGGCUUACUUCCAAUCACAUCAGAUUGUUGUAUAUACUGACUUGCCAUUGAGAAAAAUACUGCAGAAACUUGAACUCUCUGGUCGGCUUAUUAGGUGGAGCGUCGAGCUGAGUGAAUAUGACCUCAAAUUUCAGCCGUGCACAACCAUAAAAGGCCAGGCCGUUGCGGACUUUCUGGUGGAGUGCAUCUCAGCAACUAAGGAAGAAAAAGCACCCGAACACCCAGUCUGGGUUUUGUAUGUUGAUGGAGCAGCUAACAUUGAAGGGUCGGGUGCUGGGGCUGUGUUAGUGGGCCCAGAUGGCUUUAAGUCUGAGCACGCAUUGAGGUUUAAGUUUCAGACGACUAAUAACGUUGCAGAAUAUGAAGCCCUCAUUUAUGGAUUGAAGCUGGCGUCCGAGCUGAAGGUACAAAGCAUUCAGGUUUUCAGCGACUCUCAACUCGUUGUGGGCCAGGUGAAUGGCAGUUGUGAAAUCAGGGAUCCCCAGCUCGGUCGUUAUGCCUCUGUGGACAUUAACCCUCAAAGAUCAACAAUUGUCGAGGUACUCGACACACCGAGCUACACUGAUUUCACAGUCGAGUGUCAGCUGCUAAGUACAGAUCCUUCUACACUGAGCUGGACGACCUCGCUCAUAAAUUAUCUGCAAAGUGGUGAGCUACCUGAAGAUCCGUCUGCUGCCAAGUUGAUUAAACGUAGGGCGGCUCAUUUUACUUUGAUAGAUAAUCAACUCUACAAACGGGCAGCCUCUAUGCCCCUAUUACGCUGUCUCACUCCUUAUGAAGCUGAAUAUGCUGUGAGAGAAGUCCAUGAAGGAGUGUGUGGCACACACAUUGGAGGCAAAACCUUAGCUCGGAAGCUCUUGAGGCAUGGGUAUUACUGGCGGACUAUGGUUGAGGAUGCACAAAAUUAUGUCAAAAAUGCUCGACCUGCCAGUUCAAUGCUGAUGAUAUUCACAUGCCAGGUAUCUGAGCUCGUUCUGAAGUUCGUGCAAACUCCAUUCGACCUGCUCGGCCCUUUUGUGAAAGGCAAAGGAGGUUGUACUUACCUCGUUGUUGUGGUGGAUUAUUUCACCAAAUGGAUAGAAGCUAAGCCGUUGUCCACAACAACAAAGAAGAAAAUAGAAGAAUUCUUCUUUAGCUCAAUAUUAUGCAGGUUUGGCAUACCCAAAUGGAUCAUUGCUGAUAACGGUCCGCAGUUCCGAGCCGCUGCACUGAGGUCGUUCUGCAACAACUAUGGCAUUGAGCUCUCCUUGACGUCUGUGUAUACUCCACAGUCAAACGGACAGGCCGAGUCUGCCAAUAAGAUCGUCUUACGAGGCCUCAAGACGCGUGUUUUAGCCGCGCGUUCUAAUUGGGUUGACGAGCUCAAUAAAGUGCUUUGGUCAUGUUGCACUACACCCAGCUCGGCUACAGGCGAAACCCCAUUCAGCUUGGCUUAUGGAGCUGAGGCCGUCAUCCCAAUAGAAAUCGGGUUGCCAUCUGAAAGAGUAGGUCGGCACAACGAUCCUAACGAUGAGCAGCUACUGAGAGAGAACCUAGAUCUAGUGGAGGAAGUCAGGGAAAUGUCUCGAAUAAGAAACAUGGCACACCAGAGUCGUGUUGCAAAAUUUUAUAAUAAGAGAGUUCGAGCUCGCCAGUUUCAGGUCGGCGACCUGGUUCUACGCAAAGCUGGAUUAACUAAUGUUUAUUCACGCAUGGGCAAUCUUGCUCCUAAUUGGGAAAGGCCUUAUAUGGUUAUUUCCAUUCAGCGACCGAGGUCUUACCAGUUGGCAGAUUUACAAGGUCGUCCAAUAUCAUUCAUUUGGAACAUACAUAACCUUAGAAAGUUUUACAGUUAACAUGUAUGUUGCUAGUGUUCAAGUCAUUAUGGAUCAUUUGUAGAUGGUGAUUUACAGAAAAUUCAAUACAGAAAUUUCUAAAGAAAAGUUUCGAAUUUGCAUUUGAUCAAUGAAUUCUUACAUAUGGA